CUGCUUUUUUCAUGAUUUAGUGCUGGUUAAAUUCGUUUAAAAUGGAAAAGAAUUUGGAGUCGUUGUUAAAAACUAUUUCUGAUAUCGAGAAAAGCAAGACGCCGGUGACGAAAUCCGUGUUAGUCGAUGUCGCCAAGGGCUUCGCAUCUGUAGAGAAACAUUUGAAGCGCCAAGAACCUGGAUCACAUGAAAUUGCUAUAAAAUGGUGUAAUAUAUAUGUGGAUAUGCAGUCAAACAUCGAUCCAAAAAACUUCAAUCUACUACACAAAUAUGAAAAACUUGCUCCCAUAGCAGUAUCGUUUAUUAUAGGAUUUUUGCAAUAUAAAUGCCCCGACGACAAUCUUCAACAUCAUUAUGACAUAUUGAAAAUAUUGGAGAUACUGUUAGACAAUUUACCUACGAAUUCUUUAAAAAAAUUUAAUGUUUUUAAAGCUGGCACAUUGUCCUCCUUGUGGAAGCCAAUAAUGUUUGGUGUCGACUACAAAACUCAACUUUUGACGUUGAAACUAUUUUCAAUUUUAAUGAAAUAUAUUGAUGAAAGUAAAUGGACUUACGAAUUAGAUUUUAUUGAAAAAGAGUAUUUCCCUGAAAUUAAAGAGAAAUUUAAAUCUGUAUUAAAGGAAACGUUUAGCCAGUCUGCAUUUGAAAUGGCAGCCCGUGAUCUCUUGAACAAUUACAAUAAUUUGCAUAGUGGCAAAGUAUUGUCUUUUAAUUGCAAGUACAUCACAAUCGCAAAGAAAUUUGAAUGUUUCAAGCGUCUGAACCGCGAAAACUUCUGGAUAGAUUUGAACUAUACAACAAAAACUAUUUCAUUUGAUGGUCGUUUUAAGGAGAACUUGAAUACAAAAUACUCGAAUGUGGAGUGCAAAUUUCGAGUUACUGGCAUUACUUUUAAAUCUGGUGUAUUACAAAUUGAUUUUGAUGAACACUUUAUGGAUGUUUUUGAUUUAUGGACAAAAUCACCUUUAUUGCAUAUAUUCUUGCAAAAAGAAGAAGAAGAGCGAAUUCAAAAAGACGAAGCUUUGCUUCAAUUUAUCAACCAAUUGAAUGAAAAGCAAUUUUCUAAUGACAAAAAUGGAGAAUUUGAUUUACUGAGUUGUACAGACAAUGACAGCGAAAAUGUAUUCGAUGAACUAAAAAACAAUACAUUACAAGAUAAUAAUCGAAAUGAGAACAAAAAUUCCUCUUUGCUUAAAUCAAACCGAAGAAGUUAUAUAAGUUUAAUCAAUUCACCGUCCCCAUCUGUAGUUGAUGAAACAUCUUCCAAUGUAUCCAGCAUUUGUACAAAUAGUAUAGAAUUGGCCAAUACGAAAAAUAAUAGCUUAAGCAUCACUUCAUCGCCGGUUUCCCGAAAAAUUAAAAAAGUAUUUGAGAAAAAACAUCCAAUAAGGCAAUUAUUAUCGAAACGUAAAAAUCAUACACGUUCAGAGGAGGACGAGGAAUAUAUUCCAAACAAACGAGCGAAAAGGAACACCAAGAAAAUUAAAAAUAAAAAUGAAAAUUCAAGCAUUUUAAAUAAUAAUCUAACACGACCAAUGGAUCCUAGUUCUGUUACCAAUGUCACAACAAAAUUAAGACAAGGAUAUGAAUGUACUAUUCCUCAUGGAAAUGAGAAUACAAAGGAGACAACCAAGAGAAAUGCCACAGAGAAGAUUAUUAAAGACAACACAGUCACUGCUCAAAGACAAUUAAAAGCAAGAAGCCUUUCUCUAAGCCCAUAUGUAUUUGUAGAAGAUUUGCCUCAAAUACGUUCUUAUCGAACUGCUCAGAAUAGCAUAAUAGAUAUUACUUCCCCACAAAUCAUGCCUUCAACAUCAGGUUCGACAAGUGCUAUGGAUAUUUCCGAAAUACAAGAAGAUUCUCCAAAUAUAAGUGUAUUUGUACCAAACGAAAAUAGCCCAAAUAACUGGCGAAAUGGCAGUGAAAUUAACAUUCAAGCAUUUAAUGAAAGCAAAGUAAAUGAUUCAAUAGGAUGCUCUAUGGAAUACGAAGGUGCUACAGCUCAAGCACCUACCCCUCUUGAAAUUUCUGAACCAAAUGAAGCCUCAACUAGUCGAAAUCUUAAAGGAAAACAAAGAAAGGAUUAUUCAAAAUGGAAAGCACUGAGUGCAAUAAGUGACACUACUUCAAAUGUCAACAAAAUUAAACCUAUAAAAGCUGUAUGUCCUCGUGUCGAGAAAUCUUCUAUCAAUGAUCACAUUAACAAUACAGAAGGCGAAAAUAAUUCACUGAAUUUAAGAAACAAUAAUGUAGCUGAGAAUCCUAUCACUUCAUAUGAAAUAAAUUUUUCAAAACAACUAAAGGAAUAUAAAUCAAAAAUUGAAAUUAGAUUGAAACAUCUACGACAUAGCCUUAACAGUGGCAAGGAAAACGAUAAUAAGCAGAAAGCCUGUAAGAUAACCGAAAGCAUUGUACAUGAGUCACGGGCACAAAGAAGUCAAAUUCAAGAUCUUAUAAAUAAGGUCGAAUAUUUAAAGGAUCAAAUGGAUGAGCAAUGUCAAGUAUAUAUGGAACGAUGUAUACAGAUUGAAUGUUUCCAAAAAAAAGCAGAAGAUCUACUGAUUUCCCUAAGCAAAAAUUCCUCAAUUAAUCUCGAUCUAACAAAAAAAUGUGACAAAUUACUUAUGCAAUUUAAUGGCAUUUAAAACAAUUACAAAUGCCAGGGGAAAUGAAAAAACUAGCGAUUAUGCUGUGAGCGUCAUUUUAGCUAUUAAAAAUCGUUAAACAUUUAUUUUAACUUUGUUGACAAAUGUUGUUACUUUUUAUUAUUGUAAUUAAAAAAAAUAAUAUUAUUAUCUAGGAAAUAUAUCUACUAUUUUUUAAUUACUAACCUAACCUACCUUAAUCGGAUAACCGAUGACUCACAUCUGGUAUCGACAUGCAUUUC